GCCAGAGAUCUUAACGGCCGCCAGUUCCAAGAUCCUGCCCGCCCAAAUAUGAACAUCCCUGCAUUCCCGCCGCCUUGUCUCACCGCCCCCUGCGAGGCGCGAAGAAAGGGUCCAACCUGCUCAGCUGGCAGCUUUGGUCUCGCCCUGUUGGGGGAAGGGGAGGGGGCCGCCGACAGGGAAAUAUUGUUACUGUUACUUCUUUAAGCGACUCGCGCUUAUGGGCACUUUCUCAACAGUUUUGUCACACAACUUUCUGCUCGAGAAACAUACUGUUUGAUUCCUUUUCGCCUCGGCAUCUUCUCGUGGAAAGCUGAGCUGAGCUGAGCUUCGCCCCGACUGCGUGACAAGGACCAUGAUCGAACCCACCACCGAGAUCGCGCAUACGAAGCGCGCUUCGCCUGUCGCAUCCAGGGCGCCCAGGCUUGCUCACUCACAAAAGUUAAAGACCAUUGACACGAGCCGGAGGAAGAAGCUUGUCCAAUGGCUCUUCGACAAUCAAACAAACCUUGCCUUCCAUACAACUGCCCCUCUACUCGUCACACAUAUCUGCAUCCCCGCGGCGCGUCCGUAUACAUCCAAAAUUAUCAAACUCUCAUAUUACAACACGACCACCGGCAAGUAUGGCGCCGGCCAUGACGACCUCUACUUCGUUGCAUUCUGCGUGGUUCUCCUCAUCGGCAUUCGGGCCGCACUGAUGCGCCAUGUUCUUGAGCCUCUUGGUCGACACUGGGGCAUAUCGAAGAAGAAGGAUGUCGCGAGAUUUUCAGAACAGGGCUCGAUGCUCACGUACUACAGUGUUCUAUGGCCAGUGGGAAUGUACCUCUAUUGCAAGGCGCCAUACUACCUCAACAUGAAGGAGCUGUGGAACAACUGGCCCCAGCGAGAGCUCGACGGGUUGAUGAAGGGAUAUAUCAUGGUGCAAUGGGCAUACUGGGUCCAGCAGGUCAUCUCAGUGAACAUCGAGGCUCGACGCAAGGACUACUGGGAGAUGAUUGUGCACCACGCAAUCACCAUUUCGCUCAUUGCCGCAUGCUACGCGUAUCACCAAACCCGCGUCGGCCAUCUCAUAUUGGUCUUGAUGGACGUCAUUGAGUUGAUCUUCCCACUAGCCAAGUGCCUCAAGUACAUCGGCUUCACGACCCUUUGCGAUGUAAUCUUUGGCGUCUUCCUCUUAGUUUGGGUCUGGACGCGCCAUGUGUUCUAUCUCAUGACCUGUUGGAGCGUCUACUACGACUUACCCCGAUCUCUGAAAGAGCCAUGCUUCCGAGGCGCCCCGGGCGAUAUCGAAGGGCCAUUCUUGGCGCCCACAGAAGGCUGGUCCCACCUUCUCGAGCCAUUCAAGGACCCCGCGGGCACGGUAUGCUUCACCAACGGCAUUCGAUACGGCUUCUUGACCUUUCUCCUUGCUCUUGAGCUUGUUAUCUGCGCGUGGUCAUUUUUCAUUAUUCGUGUCUCGGUAAGAGUGCUCAAGGGGGCUCCCGCUGAGGAUGUUAGAAGCGAUGUCGAUGACGAGGAAGAGGAGGAGGAGAAGAUCGAGUACGAGGAGAUCGAAGCUAUUGAGGAGGAUGUUGGCGUGGAGUCUAUUGACUUGAAGGCUUGGGACAGGUCGCCUUCGCGGAAGGAGUCUUCAAGCUCUAGGGUAAGUGGCGUUAGGACGCACAGCGGCCGAAAGGAGUUGCUCAACAGAAUCGGGUGCGAGAAACAGAUUGAUUAAGGGCUGUGGAGAUGAUACGCUUCACUGGCUGGCCAAGAGUCACAGACACAAUAGACUCCAAUUCUGCAGUU